ACAGCGACCAGCACCUGCUCGCGGGACUUUGCGUGAGGCCAGCGCCCGGGCUCCCGGAGCGGAUCUCUGCCUGUAUCAAGGGUCUGCCAGUCUGAGAAGCUUCUUGUCAUAAGGGCAUCCAGGGGCCACCUGCCCCUACGGCACCAGCCCCCAGCAUGCAGGAUACUGUAACAACAUCAGCGUUGUUGGACCCCAGCCACUCCUCAGUCUCCACCCAGGACAAGUCCUCCACUGGAGGCCACACUUCAAGCACAGGCCCACAGCCCUCAAAGCCUUCUUCAAUCACACCAGUGCCUGCAAAGUCCAGGAACCCAAAUUCUGGGGCCAAUUUCCAUCGGAUGCGCCGAAUCAUUGCUGAGGAUCCUGAGUGGUCACUGGCCAUUGUGCCCCUCCUCACAGAGCUCUGCAUUCAGCACAUCAUCAAGAACUUCCAGAGAAACCCUAUCCUGAAGCAGCUGCUCCCAGAACACCAGCAGAAGGUCCUGAACCACCUGUCCCCUGACCUACCACUGACUGUGACCGCCAACCUGAUAGACGAUGAGAACUACUGGCUCCGCUGCUGCAUGCAGCGCUGGCCCGUGUGCCACGUGGCCGAGCAUGGCGGCAGCUGGAAGCGCAUGUUCUUCGAGCGGCACCUGGAGAACCUGCUAAAGCACUUUAUCCCAGGCACCACGGACCCUGCGGUGAUCCUCGACCUGUUGCCACUCUGCAGGAAUUACGUGCGCAGGGUCCACGUCGAUCAGUUCCUUCCGCCGGUGCGGCUCCCAGCCCAGCCCCAGGCCGGGGACCAGUCGGACUCCGGCAGUGAGGGAGAAAUGGAGGAGCCCGCUGUGGACCACUACCAACUGGGCGAUCUGGUAGCUGGCCUGAGCCACCUGGAGGAGCUGGACCUGGCGUAUGGUGUCAAAGACUGCGGCAUGAACUUCGAGUGGAAUCUCUUCCUCUUCACCUACCGCGACUGCCACUCCUUGGCAGCCACCAUCAAGGCGUGCCACACCCUCAAGAUCUUCAAGCUGACCCAAAGCAAAGUGGACGAUGAGAAGGCACGCAUCAUAAUUCGAAGCCUUCUGGACCACCCAGUCCUCGAGGAGCUGGAUCUGUCACACAACCUCAUCGGGGACCGUGGUGCACGAGGUGCCGCCAAGCUGCUGAACCACAGCCGCCUGCGUGUGCUCAACCUGGCCAACAACCAGGUGCGUGGGCCAGGUGCCCAGUCCCUGGCUCAUGCUCUGGCACACAACACCAACCUCGUUUCCCUCAACCUACGCCUCAACUGCAUUGAGGAUGAGGGUGGCCAGGCUCUUGCCCAUGCCUUGCAGACCAACAAGUGCCUCACCACGCUGCACCUCGGUGGCAAUGAGCUGUCUGAGCCCACCGCCACCCUCCUGUCCCAGGUGCUCGCCAUCAACACCACACUCACCAGCAUCAACCUGUCCUGCAACCACAUUGGGCUGGACGGUGGGAAGCAGCUCCUGGAAGGCAUGUCAGACAACAAGACCCUUCUGGAGUUUGACUUGCGCCUGUCAGAUGUGGCACAGGAGAGCGAGUACCUCAUUGGCCAGGCCCUCUAUGCCAAUCGAGAAGCAGCCCGCCAGCGGGCCUUGAAUCCCAGCCACUUCAUGUCAACCAUCACUGCCAGUGGCCCUGAGAACUCUGUGGGAUAAAAUGACCUGACUUGG